AUGAAGAUGCUCACGAGACUCGUCGCACAUUCCGAGGUGUUGCUCUCACUUGCAGCCCUUUGUCUCGCCAAACAAGCCCAAUUCUACGAGAAAUCAGAGAAUUUUGGAUUUGCCAUCACUUCCACGAGCACCAGCGGCAAUGUCGACGCUGGAGAGUUCAACAUUCAGAUUUCGGCGCCCGUUUCCUAUGGCUGGGCUUCGGUAGGGACCGGAGAUCGUAUGCACGACUCCCUCAUGUUCAUCAUAUAUCCUUCCGGUCAAGACAAUGAGGUCACGCUAAGCGUGAGAACCUCAAGCGGCCACGACACACCUGAGCCUGUGUCAGGUGUCAACGCAACCGUGCUAAGUUCCGAGGUCGAAAACGGAAAGAUGACAGCAACUAUUCAGUGGCAUCAGAGCUCGGGCCAUAAGUUCAACAAGGUCAAAGUCACAGAUACCAAGCAGUCAUGGAUAUGGGCGGUCGGGCCAAACGAGCAGCUCCAGUCAAACUCCGUCGACGCAGAGAUCGACCAGCAUUCGCACUACGGUGUCUUCUUCGUCGACAUGCCCGCGACACAGAAUGCAGUUGCCACCGUCCCCAGCAUAUCAGGCACGUCCAGCGUCUCGGCAGAAGGUCAGCCUGACUAUUACCACGGCCUCGUCUAUGCACACGCGAUACUCCUAGGCGUUGCGUUCGUUAUUGUCUUCCCGGUCGGUGUCCUCGGCCUGCGGUGGAGAUGGUCGAUUGCAUUCAAGGUGCACUGGAUGCUGCAACUCUUCGCCACGGUCGGAGCGUACAUCGGACUAGCGGUAGCCGUUGCCAUGAGCAUUGCCGGCAUCGAAUACGCAGCGUUUGGUGAAACGCAUCAGGUCCUUGGAAUAAUCGUCGUCGCAGUAUUGUCAUUUCAGGUCGUCAUGGGCUAUAUUCACCACGUCAACUACAAGAAGGCCGGCCGCCGCACCGUCCCAUCAUAUUUCCAUCUCUGGCUCGGUCGUGUUCUCAUCUACGCAGGCAUGGUCAAUGCGGUUUUGUGA